CUGAUUCUGGCAAAAGGUGAGGUAUCAAAAUCACGGUAUCACGGUAUCACCCACUCACGCAACCCCAUCUACAAACGAGAUCAAACACAGGGAGGCUGCACGUUUGCAAGGCUCUAUUUGUCUCUUCUGCUGAGUCUGGGCUUAACAGGCCUCACUGGGUUGCUUUCAUUCUGUCUCCAAUGGAUGCGGCUACUGAGGAGCCAACUGGCAUUUUGGUACAAGGAAGUGGUUUGUCGUAUUCCUGCCAGGUGGUCUGUAAUUCGAACUCCAGCAUUCGUGAAGUGAAAAGGCUAUUUGAGGCAGAGACUGGAAUCCCUGCUACUGAGCUGCGGCUUUUUUUUUGGGAGACAAAGAGCUCCGGGAUUUGCAGCGACUCGGCAAUCUCCAAGGGACAAACUGUGACAGUUCGGUGGAGCUGAGCUUCCUACGGCGCGAGCCAGAGCAAGCGAAAUGGCUCGAGGCAGUGGUAAGUGACGAUGAUGGGAGCUUCCUUGCUGAAGCUCCAUCCUACAUCCGGGCAGAUCGUGAAGUGGUCAUGGCUGCCGUGAUGCAGAAUGGGAGAGCUCUGGAAUUUGCAUCUGAGAAGCUUCGAGCGGAUCGGGAGAUUGUGCUUUUGGCGGUGGACGAAGACCCCAAUGCAUUUCAGUUUGCUUCUUCGGAGCUUCACGCCGACCGAGACGUUAUGCUGGCAGCAGUCCAACGCAAUGGUCUCGCACUGCAAUUUGCCGUCGACGAACUUCGAGAUGACGAAGAACUUGUUAAGGCGGCAGUGAGCCACGAGGGUCUUGCUUUGCGCUACGCGAGCUCAAGAUGUCAGGCAGAUAGGCAAAUUGCACUCAUCGCAGUAGACAAUGAUGUCAUGGCCUUGCGAUACGUGGCGCGAGAUCUGCAAGCAGACGCACUGCAGAGCUGAGACACAUCGUGUGUUAAAAUUACAUGCAAAUUUUUUUUUCAUGUCCAGUUUGCACUUGCCUAGGUUAUUGAAUGCGCGAUGCCCAGGCAUGUGAUUGAUCACCGCAGCAUUUGCGGCUGCAAAGCCCUGAAGAGUCCCAGGGGGGACGAAAGCUAGGCAUUUAAUACCUUGCUGCAGUCGUAGAA